GAUGAGUUGACUUAAAUAAACGGUUAGUCCGUUACAACUCAAAAUUUUGGUGACUGAAAGUUUUUUAUAAAAAUAUGAGUCGACACUCCAGACGAAAGAGAGAAAAAGCCACAAGACGCUCGCAGUCACAAUCGACAACAUCAUCUGAAAAUUUUGACGAGAUCUUCGAUGUCACUGAUGAUGGUCCGAUUUUUGAGGUCAAAACGUCCAAAGUCAUGGGCAGAUACAUGGUUUCAAGGAAAAACCUAAAACCCGGAGAUAUCAUCCUGAGCGAGGCUCCACUCGUCAUUGGCCCCUGCACCGGAUGCAAAGUGCAAUGUUUGGGGUGCUACAAACCCCUAGAAUCAACUCCUAGCAUCAGGUGUAAAUGUGGUUGGCCUCUAUGUUCGUCCAAAUGCAGGGGUUUAGGCAAGAGAUUUGGCCACACUCAAAUCGAAUGUGAGGUUCUCAAAGCUACGAAAUCGUCCAACUUUUUAGAUUACAAAAAUUUCGAAAAAAUGCGCCCCAAUUUCAACGCCAUAGUACCCCUGAGGUGUCUCUUACUCAAAGAAACGGACUCUUGGAGUUACCAACAUUUAAUGACAAUGGAAACCCACAAUGAAAUCAGAAGAAACAUUCCCGAGCUGUGGCAAACAAACCAAAGCACUGUUGUCGACAGGAUUCGAAGGGAUUGGGGCUUGAAGGAGUACUCCCAGGAGGAAAUCCACAGCAUUUGUGGCAUUUUGGAGGUCAACUCGUUCGAAAUCGGGCAACAAGGAGUCAACAUUCGAGGAUUGUACCCUUCUGCGUUCCUAAUGUCACACGAUUGUGUCCCUAACACGAACCAUAUCGACGAAGAGGGUACUUUUAGGUUGACAGUUAGGGCCUCCACAAGAAUAGAACCCGGCGAAAUGAUCACUUUGAGUUACGCCUACACUUUGCAAAGUACCCUAAAAAGGAGGGAACACCUUUUGGAGAAUAAAUUCUUCGAGUGUCAAUGUCGACGAUGUAGUGACCCCACGGAACUUGGUACUUUUACCAGUGCCCUAAUUUGUCCCAAAUGCAAGGACGGGUUUGUCCUCUCCUCCAACCCCCUGGACUCGGAAGCUGACUGGACUUGUGUCAAUAAAAAAUGUCCAGGUUAUAAAAUCACCUCGAAAUCGAUGCAACUCCUCCUUGAGAAAAUCACACAAGAAGUUGACAACAUUGACUGCAAUGAUGUCAUCGCAAUGGAGACGUUCCUGAAGAAGUACCGGAACGUACUCCACCCCACUCACUACAUCAAUCUUAGUGUGAAGCUCUCCCUUAGUCAACUCUACGGCCGAAGCAACGGUUUUCUCAUCGAUGAGCUCAGUGACGAGGUUUUGAUCCGAAAACAGGAGAUUUGUGAAGAAAUUAUCAAGAUUUUUAAUGUUAUAGAACCGGGUUUUACGCGAUUACGUGGAGUUACUCUGUAUGAGAUGCAUGCCCCUUUGAUGGUACUACUGACGAGGCAGUUUGAACGUCAUUGUACUAAGAGCGAGUUGAGGAGUAAAUUGAAGAAAGUUUUGAAAUGUUUGAAUGAGGCUAGUGUGAUUUUGAGUUACGAACCGGAAAGUUCGCCUGAGGGAAUGAUGGGAGUGGCGGCGAAGGAUGCGUUGAUUAGGAUUAGGGAUUGGGAGAAAAUUUUGGGGAGGUUCUAGUUGAAAUAAACUUUUUUCAUAACAUUGUUUUUUUAUUGAAAAGCAGAUUGAGGACAGGCCGAAAGUGAUUAGUUAGGCUGUUUGCCAACUCAUUUCUCAAUGUUUCACACAUAGUUAAAAUUAGUUUCAAAAAACAAAUAAAAUGCAGUAAAUAAUAAAAAAAAAACAGAAAUUGAGGAUAAAAAAGAAACUAAAGAACAAAUUGUUUUAUUUAUUUUUAGUACUACAUAGAAAGUUUUAACAUGAAAACAACUGUUUUUUCUUUAGCUCUAGUUUGACAAUGGAAAUUUUUUAUUUUUUGUACAUUUAGCUAUUUUUGAUUAUAAUAAAAAGCGCAUAUGCACCUAAAAAAUUCAAAGUAAAAACCAAAAUUUA